AUGAACACGAGCUCAACUGAGAAGCUGCCUCAGGCCAGCGUUGCGUUGGAAGAGCCAACCCAACCCAUUAACAUCAAUGGCCUGGACGAUGCCUACAUCUUCUUGCGAGAUAAUGCAGCGCUCGACAGCAACGAUGUCGACCUCGAGCGCCUUCGCCGCAAGAUCGAUAAACAUCUGCUCCCGCUGUGCUUUUGUAUUCGCUUCGUGCAAGCUCUUGACGGGCAUCUACUCAACUAUGCCAUCAUUAUGGGUAAGUCCUCAGACCUCAACCUCAAAGGACAGCAAUUGAACAACAUCGCCUCUUCCGUACAUGUAACCGCCACUUUCGUAGGCAUAUACUUGAACAAGUUCGCUCUAGGCAAGUCUUUGGGUGGGACCAUGCUUUUGUGGGGGAUUCUUGUCACCUGCACAUCAGCUGUGAGCAAGUAUCAGCAACUGCUCGCAAUACGAAUCAUAAUGGGCGUAACCGACUGCUUAUUUACCCCGACAUUGGCGCUCAUUACCAGCCAAUUCUACCGCAAAGAUGAACAAGUCUUGCGGUUUCAAAUAUGGUUUUGCUCCAUCGGCUUUGCUCAGAUAUGUGGCGCUUUCAUAUCGUAUGGGUUCCAAUCUCUCGACACAACUGGGUUAUAUUCGUGGCAGAUCAUGUACCUUGUCCUUGGUCUAUCGACCAUAGUCGUCAGCUGCUGGGCGAUAGCCUGUCUUCCCGACUCGGCCGUGAAAGCUCGGUUCUUGAAUCGAGCAGAGAAGGUUGCCCUUCUUCGGCACAUCUCAUCGAAUGCUACUGGAGUCAGCAGCCAGCGUAUCAAACCCAAGCAGAUGAUGGGAGUCCUGAUCGAUCCUCAAAUCUGGUUGUUGAUGCUAGCAGUGCUUUUGACUGGUUUUGGCGGGGGCAUCAUGUCCACCUAUAGCUCGACCUUGAUCCGCAGCUUUGGUUAUUCUCGUAAACAAUCAACAUUGCUCAACGCUCCCGGUGGCGGCAUGAACAUUGUUGGAUGUUUAUUCGCGGCUUGGGUGGUGCACAAGGGCUAUCUUCGGCGCUGGUUGAUGAUCGCUCUGGCCUACGCGGUCGCUUUCAUAGGCGCUUGCCUCAUCGCGUUUCCAGCUCGUCACAAUCACGCUGCUCACUUGGCUGGGAUCUUUCUUUUCGCUUUCUCUGCCUCGACAGUGGGCAUCAAGGUUCAAUGGAUGGCAGCGAACGUGGCGGGCCACACGAAGCGACCGAUUGCGAUAACCCUUUUGAGCGCGGCAUCCACACUUGGAACAAUCGCCGGCCCGUACGCAGUGCAGAAAAAGGAUGCGCCAGGUUACUACUUUGCCAAGCACUCAAUUGUCGUAUCGAAAUCUGGAUGCCUGGUUCUGGUAUGCGUGUUGGCCUUGUACUAUCUGCUAGCAAAUCGCCACAGAGACCGUGUGUACGGCAAGCCGAAGGUAGAAGAGUCGGAGGACCAUCCAGCAUUCGACGAGGCUUGCAUGUCUGAGGUCUGGGCGAAUUUGACCGACAUAGAGAGGAAGAAGACGUUCCGAUACGUGUAUUGA